CGCCGCCGCCGCCGCCAUGCAUUGUGGGGCAGCGGCAGCAGAUCCAAGAUGGCGGCCAGCAGGAGGCUGAUGAAGGAGCUUGAAGAAAUCCGCAAAUGUGGAAUGAAGAAUUUCCGUAAUAUCCAGGUGGACGAAGCUAACUUAUUGACUUGGCAAGGGCUUAUUGUUCCCGACAACCCUCCAUACGACAAGGGGGCCUUCAGAAUCGAAAUCAACUUUCCUGCAGAGUAUCCAUUCAAACCUCCCAAGAUUACAUUUAAAACGAAAAUCUAUCACCCUAACAUUGAUGAAAAGGGGCAGGUUUGUCUGCCGGUAAUUAGUGCUGAAAACUGGAAACCAGCCACCAAAACUGAUCAAG